AUGAAGCUACCGAGUGCUUACGAAAGCAUUUCGAUUAUUGAUGCCAUUGAUAUGAUAGAUAAGUCUGUUGAAUUUAAAAUGGAAGAAGAAUGUUUGGGUGAGGCUCUAGCAGCCAUAUUGGUGAAAUUCGAUGCUGAUGAGAUGGAAGGUUACGUGGAGACUGUUAAUUCUCUUGUGGGGUUGGGUUCCCACUCUUACCAACCAAAGAAGCUAGAUAUUGAUCUUGCGAACAAAAAGAAUCCUCCAGCGAAUCAAUCUAUUUUAGAGCCGCCUAAGCCUGAGCUUAAUCAGAUUCCUUCGCAUCUGAGGUAUGAAUUUUUGGGUUCGGAUAAUACUUUGCCAGUGAUUGUAUCUGCAUUGUUGAAUGUUGAGCAUAUGAAGAGGUUGUUGGAGAUUUUGAUAGAGUAUAGACGUGCGAUUGGGUGGACCAUUGCUGACAUUCAGGCUAUUCCUUCUGGUAUUUGUGAGCACAAAAUUCAGCUCGAGGAGGAUAGCACACCAAGUGUUGAACAUCAGUGGAGAUUGAAUCCACCCAUGCAAGAGGCGGUCAAGAAAGAGAUCAUUAAGUGGUUAGAUGUUGGAGUUGUUUAUCCUGUUGCAGAUUGUAAAUGGGUGAGCCCGGUACAAUGUGUUCCGAAGAAGGGAGGCAUCACGGUGGUGCCUAAUGCUAAGAACGAAUUGAUUCUAACUAGAACUAUUACUGGGUGGCGUGUCUGUAUGGAUUAUAGGAAGCUGAAUUCUGUAACUUGCAAAGACCAUCUCCCCAUGCCUUUUAUUGAUCAAAUACUUGAUCGGCUGGCGGGAAGGUCACACUAUUGCUUCCUAGAUAGCUAUUCUGGCUAUAACCAAAUUAAUAUUAAUCUUGAGGACCAGGAGAAGACUACUUUCACUUUUUCUUAUGGGACAUUUGCUUUCAGCAGCAUGUCGUUUGGUCUUUUAAAAGUAGCACGGAUUAUUGUGCAGUGUAACAGACCACUUGGUCCAGUGCUUAAGAGAUGUGAGAAAACUAAUCUUGUGCUUAAAUGGAAGAAGUACCAUUUUAUGGAUUUCUCUAAGAUUGCUAACCCCAUGUGCAAGCUUCUUGAAAAAGAGGAUAAGUUUGAUUUUGAUGAGAAAUGCCGCAAGGCGUUUGAUAAGUUGAAGGAGCGUCUUACUUAUGCUCCUAUUAUUGUUUCACCUGAUUGGUCACUACCAUUCGAGCUGAUGUGUGAUGCGAGCGUUUUUGUAGUUGGUGCUCGGCUGCUUGCUAUUGUCGUUGCAUUCGAGAAAUUUAGGGCCUAUCUGUUGGGGUCCAAAGUGGUUGUAUACACUGAUCAUGCAACAUUGAGAAGCUUGGAGACCUCAGAGGAGCUUGAUAUAGAUGAUGCAUUCCCAGAUGAGAGAGUUCUAGCGGUGUCGUCUGAGGUGGCACCAUGGUAUGAAGAUAUCGCCAACUUAUUAGUGACGGGUCUUAUUCCAGAUGAAAUCACGACAUAUCAGAAGACGUUCUUGAGGGACUCUCAUCAGUACUAUUGGGACCACCCAUACUUGUUCCGGACAUGCACUAACAAUAUCAUUAGGUGUUGUGUCCUCGAGUCGGAAGUGAUGGAUAUUUUGAAGGCCUGCCAUGACUUCUCUAUUGGGGGUCAUCUUAGUGGAAAUCGGACUGCAACUAAAGUGCUCGAGUGUGGGUAUUACUGGCCAACGCUUUAUCAUGAUACAAACUUGAUGGUGAAAUCAUGUGAUCAAUACCAAUGUCAAGGGGUGAUUUCUAAGAGGCAUGAGAUGCCUAUGAAUUUCGUGAUGGAAGUUGAACUCUUUGAUGUUUGGGGUAUUGACUUCAUGGGACCCUUUAUGAGUUCCGGUGGCAUGAAAUACAUUCUAGUAGUUGUUGAUUGCGUUUCAAAGUGGGUAAAAGCAGUGGUUGUACCCAAUAAUGAGGGGAAGAGUUUCAUCCAAUUUCUCAAGAAGAACAUCUUCACCCGAUUCGGCACCCUACGGGCUCUUAUUAGUGAUGGCGAUACGCACUUCUGUAACAAGGCGUUUGCGGUACUGGUUAAAAUCCAACUUGAACACAAGUCCUUGUGGGCACUAAAGAAGUUGAGCAUGGACUGGGAAGAAGCAACCAAGAUGAGGUUGUUUCAAAUGAAUGAAAUGGAUGAAUUUCGGUACCAUGCCUAUGAGAGUACGACCUUGUACAAGGAGAAGAAGAAAUACUACCAUGAUGUCAAGAUCCUUAAGCGGGACUUUCAGAAGGGUGAUUUUGUCCUACUGUAUAACUCAAAGCUGAAGCUCUUUCCGGGCAAAUUGAAAUCCAGAUGGUCCAGACCUUUCGAAGUGGUGAAUGUUUCACCCAAUGGCUGA